AGUCGGAUCACGAGCAGGGAUCGGGGCCGUAUCUCUUCUCCUCUCUUCGUUGCCCGCAGCUUCGGGCCCGCGCGUUCGCGUCUCCUCUCCGCGUCCGUUCUUUCUACUCUGCGUACUCUUCAUCCGUCGCGUCUUCGGCGCCUUCGAAGAUUUUUCUGGUCUCGGUUGCCCCGUAGUGUCGUGGGGUUUUUAAAAAAGUGCAGCAGAUUCCAGCGGAGACAGACACACAGCAGCAGCGGAGUGCAUCGCACCGACAGAUGGCACGUGGAUCGCAGCGCAGCAGCAGCGGCAUACCUGUGCAGCAAUAAUCGUCCAUUCGUGUUGUGCAGCGUGUACUCGUUUCGGAGCAGCGCGAUCUCGAGUGGCUUUCGGCUCUUCUACAUCAAACACUCGAGCGAGCUGUGCGGAGUGUCAUCGAGUUCGCUCCUCUACCAUCCUCGCGGGAGCUUGACAGUUCGGAAACGCCAGAGCAGAGCGGCGACAGCAGCCGAGCGUAACGGCUCUAACGGAAAAACGUGGGAACGACGGUUCCUCCUGUGCCACGGGAGCGCCCCUGCAUCGGUGCGCGCAAGCGCGGCGUUUAAAAAAUACGCGCGCUCAGGUGCAGCCAUUCACGAGUAGUAAGCUACGUGUAGCGAAAUCCGGACGACGUCUUUCCACGACCGUGUGUGUAGCAAGCAGUAGCGAGACUACGGCUACCCACCGUCGGCUGGCGUGACGUCAGAGCUGCCUGGAGGCACAGAGAGUGAGAGAGUGAGAGAGAGAGAGAGAGAGAGAGAGAGAGUCGCAUGACCAGUUCUCGGGCUACUCGCGCGCUGCAGUCGGAGCUUGCCGGCCGGCCGAUCAUGGAUCUGCGGACGAGUCCGCCCUUCGUCCUCGAAGAAUCAUCCUGCGCGUCGCAGCAGCAGCAGCAUCUCAGUGUGAUAGCGUCGUAGUCGAGCAAGUGCAAUGUGUCGUAACUAAAUUUCGUCGCGCGUCGAUCGGGGAAGCCUGCCAAGAGCGCGAGUUCUCCACCUCCAGCUCUGUAGCAGCAGCAGCAUCAGUGUGUUCUUGUUGUUAUUGUUGUUACGUGUGCAGUGUGCGCGUACUCUCGGCACUUUCGCCCCUACACUGCAGAGCCGAGCAAGAAGUGAAAUCCAAAAAGGAAAAGAGCCUGCAUAUCAGAGGAGGGCCGAUGAUCGCUCGGGGCAGAUACUGCGCGUCCUGAAAACGUCCGGCAGCCCUGCGUGUGAAUAUACUCGCGCGACGAGUGUGUCUCUAUACGUACGUAUGUGUGAGUGCCAGUGAGAGCGGCGGAGUAGCAGCAGAGCCAGAAGAAACACGCAGAGAGAAAAAUGGGAAACCACCCGUCCGCCCACCAGCCGCUCGAGCGAGCCACGAGCCAUGGAAACGGCCUUCGACUCUCGAAACGGGAAAGAUCGCCGGGUAAGAGGAUGGACCGUCUGCGGAGAAGCUUCCGAGACAGCUUCCGCCGACGGAAAGACGCGCCAGAGUCCAGCAAACCGCAUCAAUGGCACGCCGACGAGUGCGCGGUGCGCUCGUCGACCUGCGCCUUUCAUGUCAAGUAUUUGGGAUGUGUCGAGGUGUACGAAUGCAGGGGAAUGCAAGUUUGCGAGGAAGCUUUGAAAGUACUCAGGAAUUCAAGGAGGAGACCAGUUCGAGCAAUCCUCCAUGUCUCUGGUGAUGGUCUUCGUGUAGUUGAAGAUGAAACAAAAGGGCUGAUUGUCGAUCAAACCAUUGAGAAAGUAUCUUUCUGCGCUCCAGACAGAAAUCAUGAAAAAGGGUUUAGCUACAUCUGCAGAGAUGGUACCACAAAGCGAUGGAUGUGCCAUGGAUUCUUGGCUUUGAAGGAAUCUGGAGAAAGACUAAGUCAUGCAGUCGGAUGUGCUUUUGCUGCUUGUCUGGAAAGAAAGCAACGCAGAGAAAAGGAUUGUGGGGUGACCAUGACAAUUGAUCAAAGAAAUUCGACGUUCACGAGAAUCGGCAGCUUUCGGCAACCCAGUCUCACGGAACGACAGCAGGAUAGUCGGGAACGAGCAGUCGACGUUCCACCAGCGCGACAGGUAUACAAUCCUUUUGCGAUUGAGAGGCCGCACGCAACGCCGUCGAUGCUCGAACGUCAGGGCUCCUUCCGGGGCUUCAAUCAACUCAAUCAGGCCUCGCCUUUCAAGCGCCAGCUGAGCUUGCGCGUCAGCGAUCUCCCCAGCAAUCUCGAGCGCACUCGCAGUCACAGCCUCGAGCCCACGGAUCUCUCGCGAAUGCCGCCGACGCUGCCUCAUCAAAUACCUGUCAAGCCACCCGAGUACGAAGGAUAUGAUGAAGUGAGUCCCAUUCCAGAGAUAUCGCCGAGUGGCCACGACAGCGUGUCGGCGAUGUGUCAGCAACUCUCGCGUGGCCUCUCGCUGCUAUCCAGUAGCGACGACUUUGGCCCGGUAAUCACACAAACCACCGCUAGCACCGUAGUGAAGAAGCUUUUCAGUAAUACGACCACGACGACUUCCUUGCCCGGUGUAACCAACAGCAGUUCGCUGGACGAUCUGAAGCUGCAGAAUGGCCAGAAUCUGGGCGACAUGGUACUGAGCGGCAGCAAAAAUAACAACAACAACAUCAACAAUAUCGACGAGAACAACCCGUUGGGCAGUGACGGCAUGAGCUGGCAGGACAGCUCGUCGAGUGUGCUUUCCUCGACCAACCAGCGACUGACCCCCAUCCUGAAGCAGUGCUCGCUGAGCCCAGUGCUGCCACGCAGUAGCGUCAAUAGCACCUCCGCGAUGAACGCGAUCGCCUCGAUCUUCGAGACUCCAGCUGCGAGCCCAGCUUUCAGCACGGCAUCAACUUCCUCGCUGAGCAGCAACGCCAACACUGCUUACCAGAUGAUCAACAGGUCGCCGCUACCCCAGCAGACGGCCGGCCUGAGUACCGCGCUCUCGGACUCGCCGAACGCCAGCCUCGCCUCGGCUUCCCCUACGCCCGCAGCGACGGCGCCUACGCCGACGCCGAUGACCGGUACUUCGACGGUGAGCAGCAACGCCAGCGGAUUGACGGAUCCCAAUGCGGCCACGACGGCCUCCCAAUCGAUUCCCCUCUCAGUGGCACCAGGAAUGCCAAGUACCACUAAUUUGCCGAAACCCGACCAAUGGCUGGGCAGCGUGACAACGCAGGCAACGUCCGCAACCCCGCCAGUAUUCUCGACCAGUCCCCGGCGAGCGCCCCCACUGCACGCGCGUGCCCUGAGCUUGGGUUCUGCUGCGAUGCCUCCUACCACCGCUAGGACCGGAGCCGCCGACCCGUUCGACGCCGAGUGGGCUGAGAUCGCCGCGCGCAACCUCAGGCAGGCCUCCACCACCAACCCCUUCAUCAUGCCCAAUACUACCCAAGCUUUCCAGGUGCAGUUGUAGCGCGAGGAAUUGCUAAAGGAAGCGCAAGAACUCAUAGCCCUCUACUAUCGCAACAACACAUAGAAGGGAAAGCUGCUUAAUAGAAAACAACCUCUUUAGUCAACACUAGAGAAGAUUUGCAAUAAAAAGGAAAAGGUGAUAAAGGGAAGGCUUCGAUGUCUUCGACGCGCAAGUCGGGAGGUGCUUCUCGGCGUGAAAUGCAUCCACUUGCACUGCGAAACCCGGUCAAACGGACGUGAAACAGUUGUUGAAUACAUAGCGGCUCAAAAACAAAGUUCAUGAUGCUCAAAAAAAAAAAAAACAAAGUUACUAUUGCGACGUCAGUUUCGUUUCUCCGAAAUUCGAUCCCUCGGGGACUCCCGGGUAUAUAUAUAUAUAUACAUAUAUUGUGUGCAAGAACGAGAGCGUAUAUACAAACUUGUUAUAUUUGUAAAAAGUUUAGGUUACCGAGGUCGUAACCACAUAUUGGCAUAAUUUCUGUGUAAUUUAUACAUAUAUAGUAUUAUAUAAUUCUUGUAAAUUUUCGGAGAGAAGCUAUCGGAGAAGAGUGUGCCAUUACAAGUGGAUUUCUGUAAAUAUUGUUUGCGUCUAUUUGAAAAUUUUACUUUAACGGGUAUCCCCACUCUCAGGAAUUUCGCAGGUACAGAGCUGAUGUCGCGGUCGUUCUCGUGUUUUUUCCCCGCGAGAACUUGAAAAUAAGAAAGAUUGCCACAAAUCUAUCAAAGAAAAAUGAUACUUCUAAGCUGCAAUAAAAUUUUAAAGAAUAAUAUAUACUUAGGCUCGAAAGCCGAGCGGUUAUCGUCGUUCUUUGCAUGAUGCGCAAAAUUCACACGCACCGAUGAACUUUUACUGCACCAACUCUAUAUAAAGUUAAAGCUAUACGGCAAACCAAUACACAAAAUAAUUAAAAAAGGAGACGAUUAUCCUUGCUAUGGUGAACUUGAAUAAACAAAAAGAAGUUAGUGAGAAAGAGAGAACGAUAGAUGAUGCGCAAAAAGUAUGAAAUUAUUUGUUGAGAUAUCGGACAAGAUCUGUGAUAUGCUGAAUUGGUCAGUACUUAUAAUUCGCGGGGUUUCGACAAUUUGUAUUUGUAUAAAAAAAGAAAAGAAAAAAGAUUGAAGCGAAAAGGAAGAACGAGGCGAUAUCGCCUUGUCGUUUUGUCGACCAACCCCGGAAUUUAUUAGGCUAUUAAAAAACACGAGUCGGAGUACAAAGUUUCUUUUUGUUUCGACGCAAAUUGAAUAACGGUCUUUUUUCAAGUUGAUCGAUGAACAAAUUGAUAAAUUUUCACAAGCCCGAAAAAUGUUUAAUACUGAACAACUAGAUUCGAACAGAAUUUAAAGAACCAGUUUCAAGUACUACAAUAUGCCUUUGAACGAAAAAAAAA